AUGAUUGAUAAGCUUGAACUUCGCGAGAACGUGACAGUGGAAGACCAUUAUGUGGUGACAUCGACAUCCAAAGCGGAAAAUGUCAACUCUGCCAUUGAAUAUUUGGCAGAGACGAAUCCCCCUGAAGUUGUGGCCAUGUAUGAUGCUGAUCAUCACCCAUCCAAGCACUCAGUCAUUCAUGCUCUCCAAACCAUGAAGUACCGUAACGCAGACUUGGUACAAGGCCGAUGUGUGGUCACUCGUGGCUCAACGAAUAUUGCUGCCGAAUUUGACACGAUCUACGCUGUGAACCACGCUGGUGGGGCCUUUGUACGAGGUUUUGGCAUUUUUGGCGGCAGUAAUGGGUUUUGGAAGUUUGAUCUAUUGCGGAAAAUCAAGAUGGAUGAAUCUAUGCUGACGGAGGAUGUGGAUUCUGGGUUUCGUGUACUGGAGUCAGGGGCGAAUAUCCAAUUUGACCCUACAGUGACGUCGAUGGAAGAAUCACCAAGUGACUUGCAAGGACUGAUCAAGCAACGAGUUCGCUGGUCUCAAGGUUGGUCCCAGGUAGGUACGCGACACCUAAGACUCCUUGCCAAUUCCAAAAUUUCAUUGUACCGACGUUUCAUGAUUUUCUUAAUGUUGCAUUGGCGUGAGGUAUUUUAUUACCUUACGCCCUGGAUUCUUGGCUCUGUGAUUUACUCGUUUGUAUUUGAUCACCGCUUUGCCUGGUACCUAUUCCCAGUGACAGGGCUCUUAGCACUGCAAGGUCCGAUUUUAACACUGUUAGCGGCAUGGCAUGUGCAAGGCGAGACGCAUCCUGGCCUCAACUGGAAGACGUAUUUGAUCUACAUUCUUAUUUCUCCGCUAUAUGAGAUGCUGAAGAAUAUGAUUUGCCUGAUCGCCCAUUACCGCAACGCAAUGGGCCUCACUAAAUGGAAUGUGACAGCGCGAAAAAAAGCAGCUACUGUACCGCUCUUUGAUUUGGACACAGAAGCGGAGGAAGUCAAGCAGCUAGACCCUGUAUAUGACCAAACGCUAUCGCCAAAAAGUUUGACUACGCGAAAAUUCAGUGAUCAGGGAAGCAUGCUCCGAAGUGGCCUCACCUCAUCGCUUCCCUCUUAUUCAACUCUGCUCCCCCUAGCGCCUAGUAUGAGCGAUAUGAGUGAGCACAACCUUGAUGCAUUGGAGAAGGGGCAGAUGCAUUCGGAGGAAGAGGAUGUGGGUGAGAAGAAAGUGGCGACGCAGCCCAUUAUUGUAUUGUACAAAGCUGUUCCGUGCGCCAAGGGCCAAUUCAAGGACAUUGAUAUUGUGCCACGUUAUGAAACUCUACUUUAA